AUGAAUGUGCUAAAAGGUUUUGCGGAAGACUUUGCAGCAGACAAAGCGCUGGACAAUUUCAACCAGAUUGCAGUAAAGCAAAUCAAAACUAAAGAUCCAUAUAGAGAAACACUUCCUGAUGGAUCUACGAAGAAACUAAAGCUACCGUCCAAUGCCACUAAGAAAGAGCAAAAAUCUUGGAAGAAGAUCCAGAGGAGAGCCUGGCUUGACGAUAGAUGCUUCAUGGGCUGUUAUCCUGUGGAUUGCGGAUGCGGACUUGGUCCUUUGGCGGUUAUCAUUCCUGUGAUAGGCCCGUAUUUAAUGUAUCUUGUUCAUGCUAAAUUGGUGAAGAUGGCCAUUCAGAAGUUCGACCUCGAUACGGAGACACAGGCCAAGUUACAUGCCAAUAUUCUGUUUGAUCUACUUAUUACACUACCUCCUAUUAUUGGUUCUUUUUUCUCCUGGUUAAAUGGCUGCUCUACUAGGAAUGCUGCUAUUAUCCAUACAUACCUCUCGAAGGAGUUGAUCACAAGAUCUCGAAACGAGGAGCCUUCUCUUCCUAAUGAAACUGGGCCCAACAAUCAGAGUAACUCUUUCAUUCAAAAGGUAUCGUACUAUGUCAAGAGACCAGGCGUGGAGCCCCAGCAAUCUGCUCGGCAGGACGUGUCUCACCAGGAGGUGCCGCGGGAAUCUCACAAAAUUGGUAGGCCGGAUAUGAACUCUGCAUCCUCACACCAGAACGUUUACUACCCAUCAUCAAACCCCUACGACACAUACACUUCCAGAGGUAAAUCCUCCUCGCAGCAUCUCCGGAAACCUCCGCCAUCAAUGAAAUCAGAAAAUGUGACUGCGGAUAUCAACAGAGAGCUACCACCGCUACCUGGUCGGGGCAAUAACUAA